CCCAAUACACCGCAUGCGUUACUCAGACGACAGCGGCCCGCCGUGGACGGCGACGUCGUACGAGUGGCAUUCAUGGAAUUAGUGCGCAUAUUGUGGCCAUAGCUCAAACAUACGCCCUCAUAAGGCAGCAGCGAGUCGUCCUGCUUUUAUUUCCUCCUACGAGUGUACUCGGAGUCAGACCACCGUCCCUCCUGCUCGAUCCACUUCUCGUUUGAUUCCGUCGGGCAGCGAGGGAGCUAGCGACCAUGGGAGCGGCGCCGGCAGAGUGACGUGGUGCCGAUGGCCGGAAGGCGGGCGGCGGCGGCGGCGUCGCUGGCGGCGGUGCUAAUUAUGAGCGUUUGGUUCGCGUCGUGCUUCAACGGUAAGGCAGAGGCAAUUCGGGCUGACGGGGGAGAACGGUGGCCGCCGCCUCUAGGCGGGAGGCCGCUCCCCUACUUCCCCCGUCCUCCUCCGGCGGCAGGCGAGGCGGAGGGCGCCGGUUUGGAAGAGAGCAAACGGCGGGUGCCGAGCUGCCCGGACCCACUCCACAACAGGUCAAAUAACGAAGUACUGAAGACAAGAAGAGCAAAAGGCUUUGUAUUGGGAGAAUCUCCUGGAGAGAUCUAGCUGAUUAAUAAUUAAUAGAUUACAUAUGUUAUAUUGUUUAAUAUAUAUGCCUAUGGAUUUGCAUACGAUGGCUCAAGUAUAUUUAUGUAAGAUCCAGAGAGAUUCUUGGCAUACAGAGCUGCUCAUGUAUCCUCUAUUCAAAGAUUCAAGCAAUAAAAGAGUUUCUUUGCUCUUGUUUGUU